AUGUUAUCAAGUCUUAUGUAUGUGCUAGUGCCUAUGCCUUGUCUAUUCCUUGGAGGUGGAUCAACUCAGUUUCUUAUCAGCCGGGAUGGUGGCGGUUGGAUAGAUGCUGCAAAGUUCCUCACAGGAGCAUCAACUGUGGAGAACUUAGCGAUUCCGAUCAUCCUUAGGCAUGCAAAUAUGAUUGAAACAUGGGCAAUGUUCAUCGAGUUCACGUCCUUGUUCAUUUUUGUAUGCACGGUCAUGUGUUUUCAUCGGACGAUUGGUGAUGCACAUUAA